AGUCCUUUGGAGAGGGGCAGAGUGCGGUUUGUCCAAAAUGGAGGGCUCGAGCGGCGACUCGCCGCCGGCGCCGCCGCCCGCCUUCCGGAACAGGUACUGGAUCCUCCGCCACGGCCGCAGCGUCCCCAACGAGCGCGGCCUCAUCGUCUCCUCCCUGGAGAACGGCACGAAGCCGGAGUUCGGGCUGGCCCCGGAGGGCGUCGAGCAGGCGCGCUCCGCCGGCGAGUCGCUCCGGAAGGAGCUCGGGGAGAUGGGUGUGCCGGUGGACUCUGUCAAGAUCUGUUAUUCGCCGUUCUCCCGGACGACAGAGACGGCCAGGGUGGUCGCUGGUGUGCUGGGCGUCCCAUUUGAGGGUCCUAGCUGCAAGGCAACCGUGGAACUUCGUGAACGUUAUUUUGGACCAUCAUAUGAGUUGCUUUCACACGAGAAGUAUGCAGAGGUAUGGGCGAUAGAUGAAGCAGAUCCCUUUCUGGCUCCAGAAGGUGGGGAGAGUGUUGCAGAUGUUGCUAGUAGACUUGCAGGGGUGUUGUCUUCUACAGACGUGGAGUUUCAUGGCUCUGCUGUUCUUAUUGUCAGCCAUGGGGAUCCACUACAGAUCUUUCAAGCAGUGCUCAGUGGAGCCAAGGAAAACCCAUCUUUCCUCGACAAGGUAGCUGGCCUGAAAAAGGAAAGCCUGAUAGUUCCAUCCGUGUUGUCGCAGCACCGCAAGUUCGCACUCAACACAGGAGAGCUGCGUCGAGUCAUGUGACCCGACACAGAUUUGAUCAUAUGCUCAUAUGUCGUAGAUAAUUCAUGUAUCCGUAGUUCCUUAUGGAGAGUCUGAUAAGAUGGAAAAAAUGUUGUUCGAUGGCACUCCAUUAUUUCGGUUGAUCAGAUUGAAGAUCUGCUUGUAACCGUGAAAAAAGAGCACAUGCACAAGAGAUUGCUUUUGAAUUUGAUCCAGCAGUACCAUUUUUGUGCCA